GUUCCUAGCAGUGCCAUUUCCGGCUAAAAAAUUCUAACAAUUUUAUUGUAAUCUCAAAUCAAAUAAAUUUUUUACUAAAAAGAAAAAUGUAUUCGCGUAUAUCGUCUGUGGUUUCAAUUGCUCUGGUCACCUGUUUGGCGAUUGCCGUAGUGGACGGUGGUGUCGCCAGAGAUAGCAGCAACAGCCUAACGGGGCAGAAAGAACUUGACAUUACGGUUGUUACGGAUCUGAGUGAAUUUCAGAAGCAGCAUCCAGAAUUGGUUUUGUCGCGUAUGACGAAGGAGGAGAGCCAAGCAAGGAGCCAAUCGGUGCGCUACACGCUGGGCGCACGGGUUUCAGGCGAUCACUUGGUUGCACAGGCUGCCGAUGUCUUCAACUAUCAGGUGGCGAAGGAUGUCACUAUUCAAUUGACUUAUCCUCAAUCGGACUCGGUGACGGCCAGCGUUCUCACUUAUGUGGAAAUCGUCUGCGAACAGGAUAGCCUCGAAGGCAAUGCUUAUGUGGUGGCUGGCGGCAUUGGUCAGCGUUUGAUCUCCGUUGUGUUGGAGGCGAGCCAAACGGAGCAGUUCUCCUACAAUGCGCAAUACUAUGGAACAGAUUAGAAAUUAAGUUUUUGAAUGAAACUCAAGUACCUGUUUGAAGAAAUUUGCAUUCGAACGCUUUGUGUUUAUUGUGUAAUUAAUUGCAUUUAUGAAGAAAAAAAAUAUAAGUAAAUUCUCCCCUGGGAGUUAAAUUAUAGAAAACUGU